UUUGUCAAGGUCGUUCGGUUGUGGCGUUUUGAGUAUAUGCAAUGGAUGUACUCUAACGUUUUGCGGUGGUUGUCUAACUGCUCAGUAAAUGAACUCCUCCAGUGAUGGAUUUUGAUGAAUUUCGCUGAGCGAGUAUGAAUACCCAAGCGGAUCUUUGCGCCGACUGUAGUGCAUCGUCCCCAAAAUGGGCGUCUGUCAAUAGAGGUGUACUGUUAUGUGAUGAAUGUAGUUCCAUUCACCGACAGCUAGGAAGACAUAUAAGCCAGGUUAAACAUCUUGAGAAAUCACGCUGGAGGCCGUCACAACUUUCUAUGGUACGCUAUUUGGCGUCUGCUGGUGCGAAUGGGUAUUGGGAACAUGUACUGUACGAACCUAUGCUUGCUGGGUUAAAUUCGGAUAAUCGAUCCUGCAAAGCGUUUCAUCCUCAUAAAAAACCUUUACCUACUGAUCCCGUGCAUCCCACCAAAGCUGAUUUUAUACGUGAAAAGUAUUUGUUUUUGGGAUUUUUUAAGAAACCACGAAACGUUAACCAUGAUGAUUUAAACCAGCAACUCCAUGCUAGUGUAAGGACAGGAGUUUUAGAGACCAGUCUGUAUUUACUUGCUUUGGGUGCAAAUCCAAAUUUUCUUCAUCCAAUCAAAGGCACAGCACCUAUUCAUGUUGCAUGUCAAUAUGGUCAAAUUGGUCAGGUAGAAUUGCUGUUAGCUUAUGGGGCAGAUGUUUGUAUUCGUAAUUCAUCUGGAAAAAGUGUAAUUGAUUUAGCAUUAGACAAAGCAUUAGCAUUAAAUGAAUCGAUUAUUUCUAAAGAAAAGAUGGCAACAAUGUCAAACGAAGAGAGGUUACAAUCUGCUUGGUCUUCUAUGGUUGAUGUAUUAGUUUCAGCGUAUUAUGAUUUGACAGAUAGUUUAGCUUAUUUUCUUACACGUCAUGUACCUGAUCAUAAAGCAGCUGUUUUUGGUGGAAUCAAUAAAAAUAUAAAUCAUAGUAAUGAACUAUCAGUGAGUAAUAAUAACAGUGAAAUAAUAACAAAUGGUCAUUUCUUAAUUUCAACUUCAUUAAUACAUGAAUUGAAUGGUACAUCAUUGGCACCGAAAUCAACGAAUUUAAAAUUGAAUAAUUCUUCUGGACAUACUAUUACUUCUACUGCUACCUCAAAUGUUGAACAAGCAGACGACCAAGAAGAUUGGAUCAUUAAAGCUAGAGGAAGAUUAAAUAAUCUAUCUAAUAAUGCAUUUAUCGAUUUAUGUAUUGAUGUAUAUGAUGAAGCAGAUCGUCGUUUAACAAAUUCAUUUCUUGAAAAUCUGGAUACAUUUAAUAAUCAGAAACAUUUCAACAACUAUUCAGUAUUCAAUGGUUCUAAUGUUAGCAAAACUGAUGCAGACGACAACCAUAACAACAACAACGUCAGCACAGAGAAUGAACUACAUAAUAGUAUAGUUAAAGAGACCAGACCUGACUCUAGACCAUCUUUACAUAAGACAACAACACUACAUCAAACAUCUGCAAUUACUAAUUUAACGCUAUUUUUUCUACCUCCAAAUACAACUUAUUCAUCAGUACGUAAUCAAGCACGUCAAAAAUUAGGUCGACUAUCUACUAUUGAAUUUCAUACUUUAACAUUAGAUGUUCUCACUGAAGCAUCAAUACGUUUAUUGCCAUUAUUUUUACCAUUGACCAAUGUAAUAAAUCCGACUAGUACAGCUGUUACUGCUCCAGAUGCAAAAACUGUUGAAAUGUCUUUCAAAAAAUCACGAAAAACACAACAUUCAUAUACAGACUAUUUUAAUACAGAUAAACGACAACAAUUGAAUGAAUUUAUUGUUGCGCGUCGUAAUGGUCCUUUACCAUCGUUACCAUCACCUAAGACAAAAGAUAAUCAUAUAGAUGAUGUUGAACGUUUACAUAGUACUAAUAAUAGUGAUGGUAGUAGUAGUCCAUGUGAUAAUUUAAAUAAACAAUUAAAUAAUGAAUGUAAUGAUAUUUUACAAGAAAGAUUGAUUUCGGAGAAUUUACCAGAUCAUGAAAAUUUACGAUUAGAAAUGUCAUCAUCAUCACCACCGGUGAAUGCAAAAAAGGAAAUGUUAUUGGAGAAAUUCGUUCGUUCUCGUGAUGACCCUGUAUAUGAUCAGGUGGCUGGUGAAGGUGAUUUAAAUGAGAAUGCUUUGUCCAAUAUACAAACAGUUACAUCUGAUCAUAAUAUACUUUCUGUGGAUAUUGAAGAAAGCAGUUUACAUAAUCAACAAAAUAUAACAGAAAAUUCAUCAUUUAAGCAUAGUAAUGUUUCAUUAACAGCUCCAUUAUCACCAUCCACUGGAAGAGUGGAGUCUAUUCAUCAUACUCAACAAAUAAGUGAUGGCAAUGAUGAAUCAGAUUCAAUAGGACCGAUACCUCCAAUUACAAGUCGUCCAGGUCCAUUGCCUGGAUCACGUAGGCUACAUUUACCACAUACUGGUCGUAUAGCUCAGCAUAGAGCUAGUGUACCAACGGCUGGUACUAUCAAUACUGAUUCUGAUGUUACUGGUUGUGGUAGUAAUCCUCUUUCUCUAUCCGAGUCAACAAGUAGUAUCGUAAAAUCAUCUGAUUCACCAAAAAAUCUCACAGAACAUUCGUUAAUUAAUUCUCUCAGUGCCGAAAAUUCUAACGAUAUUCAAGAUCAUUCACUUCAGUCUCAUGCACAUCAUCAUCGUCAUCCAGAAUCUUGUUGUGUAGCUGCUCGUAAUGAAGUGGAACGUUUACACAAAGAGAAUAAUGAAUUAAAAGUACAAUUAUCUGAUUUACAAAAUAGUAAAGAUAUUGUAGAACAACGUUUAGAAGAUUUAGAAGGACGUAUAAUUCAACUAGAUUCUAUUGUUCAAGUUUUAAAAGAGGAAAAAUCUGCCUUAUUAGCGGCUUUUUCAGCUGGUAUGGUUAUGGUUCAUAAUCCAUUAAAAAUCAGCUGUGAUUCAGACGGUCAACAACUGACCAGCGAAACACCAAUCACAACAACGACAACAACAUCAGUUGGAGUGUAUUCAUCUAAUUUGAAAGCUGCCAAAGUUAAUGAAACACCUUCAACACAUUAUCAAUGGGACUAUGAAAAAGACGAAGAAGAUGGAAUUAGAGUAUAUGGUGAAGAAAUAACAGAUAAUGGUGAAGAACAUGAUGAUGAUCAAGUUGGUGAAGUGGAUGCUGAACAAUAUAAAGAUUAUGACUCUGAAUAUGAUAUGGAACGAGUUAUUGUCGCUGGUGGCAGUAAUGAUAAAUCUAGUAAUGAAGGUAAUUACGCAAUAGGUUCACAUUGUCUAGAUUCUGGUGUACUACUUAGACAAGGUAUUAUUCUACGUGGAAGUAGAGGUGGAUCACCAGCAUCUGUAACUAGUGGUGGUGGUGUAACGCAUCAAACAGGUUUCGGUCAUUCUCAUCCUUCUAUAUCUCAAACGAAUUUUAUAACGCCAUCAUUUCGUGGCCUUGUAAAAAGUAACAAAUUACACAGUAGAAAUAAUGAAGAACUAAAGCAAUCAUUUGUUUUCACUUCAACUAGUCAAAAUGUUGUCUCAUCUGCACCACAAAAUAUUCCGACUUAUGUUAAUACUCCACAUCUUAUUCAGCAUCCUUUGUCCAAGUCAAAACCCACCUUAGUAUCGGGUACUUCAAUCACACUUGCUGAUGGUGAGUUUUAACUUCAAUAUAUUUUCCAAAUAUCGGAAUUGUUUUCUAUUUUCUUUUUUAAAUUAUAAAUAUUCCAAGGUAACUAUCGUUAAAUAGAUGUCAUAUUUAUGGUGAAUUAAAAUUGGUGCCAAAAUUUAAUUGUUUGAAAAAUGUUAUGACAUAAAACACAUACUGUUAGUAAUGAUGUUUAAUUGAUAGGGGAGUGAUACUAUAGUAAUUAAUUGAUAACUCCAGUAAUUUGAGGAAAUAGAAUGAUUGAUCAUUAAAAUAGUGAGUGAAAUGAAAAUAAUUAUGAUGUGAAAUUUAUAUGACAAAAUAAUGAUGCAGUAGCUCAAUGGUUAAGUCGUUUAACUUUCAGAUGAAAAUUGAUCUGUGAUUAAAGUCGGUUGACAGAAAACCCUAGAUCUAAAUUUUAUAAUUACUUGAUAAUUAGAAGGAAAGCAUAUCUGUAGCUAACAUACAAUUCAUGCUGCCUUACAGAGAUCAACAUGCAUCAGGUAUUGUAACUGUUAGUUAGAUAUGGUUAACAUUGAUCUGUUUAGAUCAUAAUUGAUCCUGUAUAGAACUGAAUCAAGUACAGUGCUAUCUUAUCAUCAGUACCAAACAAAGUCUGUUGAUUAAGUUUGCCGUGGGAUCAAUACGUUAUGUAACCAAACCCUGCCAUAUUGCAAGAGAAGGAUAUCUUCAGAAAUUCCAGACGUAGUGAGUUAUCCACCCAAGCAGACAUACUUCACAUCAGCACAGCGACAAAAGCAGGAAAUUAAUACGGUGAAAACCUAACUAAAAUGCUGAUAGUGUCAAUAAUAGUUACGCAUGCGAAACAUUUAGAAUGUAAUUUGAAAAUUAUCCUGGUAGUAGUUAUCAGUAAUCGUACAAUAUAGAUUUAAGGUUGUUGAUUACCUCUUAAUAUGGUUUACCAUCAAUCAAAUUUUAACACUAUGGAUCAUUUAGGGUUAUUUGUGUCCACAAUACGGAGUCGAUCUUCGUAGAGUUCUUCGCUCAGUACUAAAGAUUAGACUAUAUGAAAUUGAUUAAUUACUAGUAGUGACCUCUUUUGUGAUAGAAAAUGUCGUUGAAAAAAACUUUUAAGGUUAAUGUCUAUUAUUUUACUGGGCUAUUACAUUUCUAUCACAUUCUUCUUCGCUCUUUUUCUGUAAGCAUAUUACCCUUAAAUGCAUGCAUUUCAGCUUUAAAUCCUGAUAUACCAGAUGAUUAUACUGCACCUAAUGCUACUGGUUCCCCUUCUCCAGCGCCAAUACCGAUCAGUCAAAAUCUAGCGAAUCAGUUGUGUAGUCGUGUUACAACAACCAGUCCAAACAUGAAUAUUCCUAGUAGUCAUCAUCAUCGUCAUCAUCCUCAUCAUCAUCACCAUCAGGGAAAAUCAUCACGUCUACUGAAUUCACAUUUGAACAAGCCAACAAUGAUUGAUAGUAAAAAGCCGUUACAUCAUUCAGAAGUUUUAGUAUCUAUAAGUAAGUCGUCUCCAGACUACGAUAACGCUUCUCGUUCAUCCUCAUUAAUACACUCAUCCAAUGAGUCGUUUCAUCAAAUCGAUAAACAUUCUAGACCAGGUGGUGGUAGUGUUGUCGUUGGGGUUAAUGGAGAUCAAGUUUGGAAAGCUCCAAGUUCAGAACGAGUUGUCCGAUGCGUUGAAACAAUUAUUAUGCGUAUUCGAAGUUUGGUAGAGAUUGCUAACGGUGAUCGUCAUGGUAACAAUAGUGCUCAUUGUUCUCGUUUAAUUCAGUUAGCUGUCAAAGAUUUAUUAAAUUUAUUCCCUUCUGAUGAAUCUCACCCAGUGGAAGUGAAAAAUGCAUUAAAUAAUCUUGCCACAGAAUCAGAAAAUUUACGAAAAGAUUGUGAACAAAUCACUACUUCGUCUUCCUUCACAUCACCUUCCUCUUCUUCCAGUAUUGUUGGAUCUGUCAGUCAUAGUGGUCGAUCAGUUCCACCGGAGAUCACUAUUUUAAUACGUCAUGCUCAUCAGAUUGCUAGAGCUGCAAAAGAUUUACUAUCGCUUUUUCAACGAUCUGAUCAAUGAAUUGUCAUUAUAUCAGAAUGAGACUAUUAGUGUUCAUCUUACAUGAUGUUGCCACUACGGUAAUGCAAUUCCUAAUUGAGUUUAUUUUCUUUAUGAUGAUCACAAUGUG